CUUUGUACCUCCCCUUUCUCGCCCUCAGUCUGUGAAUCCCAGCCUCUCUCUCUAGAUAUCCGUCCCACACCUCUCCGCCCGCAAACGGCUCCUACGGUGAGAAAAAAAAGAGAGAACAGAACUGUUUCAAACACGUCGACAUAAAUAUAACUACUCGAGCUCCCUUUUUUCCCCUUACCCUCCCGACGGACUUCAGUACUUUUAUACAUUCAGCGCGCCAAUGCCAGAGACCACGCAGAAAGGACGGAUUUUUUCCUCUUGAGGAUGAGAAGGAUUGCCAAAUCAUCCGCAAUCCAACAUCACCGACUGAGCCACCAGCAUGAGCCCUGGAUACAUAUGCUCCAGCAGAAGUUGUUGGCUAGAGAACUAAGAAAUCUUGGAGCAAAAAUACCGCAAAGAGGGGAGAGUCAGUUUUAGGUCUCCACAUAAUGGAGCGAGAAUGAACACAGAGCGGCUUAAAAAAAAGCAUGAACUGGAGGUUUAUUGAGGUCAUCUGCUUCCUGUUUAUAUGGGACCAUAUAACAGUUCAGUCUACCCGGCAGGACCUGUUGGUUGCUGAACAACAUGUCACCAAGCAAUAUGACUGGCUCAUCUCUGACCGUGGACCUUUCCACCACUCUCGGAGCUAUCUGUCCUUUGUGGAAAGAUUCCGCCAAGGAUUUACAACCAGAUAUAAAAUUUAUAGGGAAUUUGCACGUUGGAAGGUGAGAAACACUGCAAUCGAGAGAAGGGACCUCAUCCGGAACCCUGUGCCACUCAUGCCUGAGUUCCAGCGCAGUAUACGCUUGCUGGGCCGAAGACCAUCCACUCAGCAGUUUAUUGACACUAUCAUUAAGAAAUAUGGAACCCACAUUCUCAUCUCAGCCACUCUGGGAGGGGAGGAGGCUCUGACCAUGUAUCUGGCCAAGAACAAGUUGGACAGAAAGCUGGUUAAUGCUACUCAGAAUGUGGAAGCCCUCCAUCAGCUGGCCUCAUCCUACUUCAUUGACCGCGAUGGCACAAUGAGGAAGUUACAUGAGAUCCAGAUCUCCACAAAUGCCAUCAAGGUAACUGAGACACGGACAGGGCCACUGGGAUGCAGCAGCUAUGAUAAUUUGGAUUCAGUAAGCUCGAUCCUCCUGCAAAGCCCUGAGAGCAAGCUUCAUCUGCAAGGUCUUCAGGUCAUAUUCCCAGAGUACCUGCAGGAGAAAUUUGUCCAGUCAGCCCUGAGCUACAUUAUGUGCAACGGAGAGGGAGAGUAUGUGUGCCACAGCAACCAGUGCAUCUGUCAGUGUGCUGACGACUAUCCUCAGUGCAACUGCCCCAUCACUGACAUCCAGAUCAUGGAGAACACCCUGCUGGUGAUGUCUGAGUCCUGGGCAGCCUCUUAUAAAGAUUUUGAAAACUCUGAUGAGUUCAAGUCAUUCCUGAAGAGACUCCCGUCCACUCAUUUUUUGCCCAUCAGCAGUGUGCAUCUUCUGUGGGGCAGUGACUGGGACCUGCAAGCCCGUUACAGACUCCUUCAGAGUUCCCUGGAGAUCCAGCGGCUCAAGAUCCAGCGUACUGCCCGCAAGCUAUUCAGCCUCAGCAUCCGCUGUCUUCACAAUCCCAGUCACCAGAUGCCGAGAGAGAGAUCGGUGAUGCAGUGGCUCAACAGGGUUCAGUCUUUCCUGUACUGCAAUGAAAAUGGGUUCUGGGGGACCUUCCUGGAGAGCCAAAAGGCAUGUGUGUGCCAUACAGGUGCCACUCUAUGCCAGCGACCCAUCCCAUGUGUCAUAGGUGGCAACAACAGCUGUGCUAUGUGCAGCCUGGCCAACAUCUCACAAUGUGGCUCCUGCAACAAGGGCUACAAGCUGUACCGGGGCCGCUGUGAGCCCCAGAAUGUGGACUCAGAACGUAGUGAGCAGUUCAUCAGUUUUGAAACUGACCUGGACUUUCAGGACCUGGAGCUGAAAUACUUGUUGCAGAAAAUGGAUUCACGGUUGUACAUACAUACCACUUUCAUUAGCAACGAGAUCCGGCUAGAGACAUUCUUUGACCCACGAUGGCGCAAGCGCAUGUCCCUGACUCUGAAAAGUAACAAAAAUCGAAUGGACUACCUCCACAUGAUCAUCGGUUUGUCAAUGAAAAUCUGUCAGAUGCGAAACAGCAGCAUUGAUCCCAUGUUCUUUGUUUAUGUCAACCCAUUCAGUGGCAGCCACUCAGAAGGCUGGAGCAUGCCCUUUGGGGAACACGGUUACCCACGAUGGGAAAAGGUACGACUGCAGAACUCGCAGUGCUUCAACUGGACUCUCCUGCUGGGUAACAGGUGGAAAACCUUUUUUGAGACGGUCCACAUUUACCUGCGCAGCCGUGCCAAGGUUCCGACUGGCCUCCGCAAUGAUACCGGACAGGGUCCAGUGGAUCUUGCAGACCCCAACAAGCGGCAGAUCUACAUUAAGAUCUCCGAUAUCCAGGUGUUUGGUUAUAGCCUGCGGUUUAAUGCUGACCUGCUGCGUAGUGCCGUGCAGCAGGUUAACCAGUCGUAUACACAAGGAAGUCAAUUCUACUCGUCCUCAUCUGUGAUGCUCCUGCUGCUGGACAUUAGGGAUCGCAUUAACCGUUUAGCGCCCCCUUCUGCGCCUGGCAAACCACAGCUGGACCUUUUCUCUUGUAUGCUGAAGCACAGGCUGAAGCUCAACAACAGUGAGAUGAUUCGAGUGAACCAUGCCUUGGACAUGUACAGCACAGAGAUACUCAAACAAUCAGACCACCUGACUGCAAAACUUUGUUGAGCGUAACAUUAAUGUAAAGCUGGUAAACUACAGAGAAACACCCAACUAAUUAACUACGAGGGGAUGUUAGUCUUAUUUUUCUCUUUUCUUUUUUGACCUUUUCUGCCUUUUGAUGUAAUAUUAACUUUGUAAGCAUAAUUCUUAAAAAAGAGAAAAAGGCAGUGAUGAAAAGCUUUUCUGGCAGAUAAAAAAGAUCAAUGGAAACACUAUAUGAACUGUAACAUAUUUGUCCCAGCAUGUCUGUAAUUCCCUUAAAGAACCUUAAAAAGAGAGAGUGGUAAAAAAAAGGAAAAAAAAAAACAUCAAAUCUAUGUACUGGAUGAAAAUGAGGCAUUUAUUAUAAUAUAGGGGAUCAAAGGUUGCAUCUGAAACUGCCAUUCUUCCUUGAGAGAAAAAAAAGAUGCCAUUUUUAAAGGUACAAAAAACACAAGGGUAGACCAGAUAUCAGUUUAUUUCACCUAAUGGGCAAAUUCUUUCAAACAUAACAGACAGUUUGGUAUUAAAUUGUUUAUUCACUGUAAGGAAUUAAAAGCUCUAGUGAAUUAGUAGUCAUCACAUUUCUUACAUUUCAGAAUCCACAGCGAAUCUACGUUGCUUUUCGAAAGGUAUUUAACACAGUCAUUGUUCUGACACAUGAGGCACACAGCAGGGCAGCAGUGGAUAGUCAUGUUGAAAACAAAAGCCAGCUGUUUAUAAAUACAUAUGUGUGGGUGAAUGUGUGCGAGUGUCUCUGAAAACCUCAUUUUUUGGCCCAAUGCUUUACGCCAUUUGUUAAUUGAAAGUGUCACUUUAGAUUGACUCCAGUCUCUGCUGAAUAUUGCAUUUUGACCCCCCCCCCCUCCUCCCCAACCCCUUGCCCACCACCACAGUGUAUGCAACUCCAGCUGUGUUUUUUUUUCACAAGGCAGUAUACCUCCUGGUGCGUGAAUGCAGUGUUGUGGUCUGAAGAUUAUAACAAUCAAUGCUAUUUUGUACAGCUUUGCAAAAAUGUCCAUGUUGUGACUGCUGAUCUCUUGAGCUUUUCAGAACUGAGAGUAAAAUGUAAACAUUUAUCAUUCAGGCACAUUUGCAAGACGACCUAAAGCCAUACACUUCCCCGAGGUAGACAUACAGUAAGUCAUGAAGCUUGCUCCGUACAUGUUCCAUUUGUAUGUCUUUGUUCAACUCUCAGAUGAAUUCAGACAAGAGCACAGCAAAAAGGGAAAUGACGAGUGGAGACAUAACAUGUUGAGUGCAAUUGUGUCGUUAAAGCCAUUUGACUUGUAUUUUGUGCCGCAGGAAAAGAAGAAGAAAAUCUUAUAUUAAAGCUUAUAAUAACUUUUGAAAGUGUUACUCUGUAAGCUUUAUAUGACCACAUGUAAAAAUUGCUCUUUUUGUUUUGGGCUAUGAAAUUUGACAUUUUUUGCAUGUUGCUGGAGGUAUAAAAAGAGCUGCAACUGUGCUCAACACACUCAGUCUUAAACAUAAAACACUACCUAUGUAUUGAUGGUCACAUUUUAUUUUGGUAAUCCAAUACUGAAAGGUGUAUAAUGUGAUUGAUAUUUGAGGGUGGACGCAUCCAAUGAAUGUUCACUGCAAAAACAAGCUUGGUGUGUUGUACAAAUUAGUUGCUACAAUAUUUAUUUAUUUUUUUGGUUUUAUGGAGUAUUACACACACACACACACACAAAAAAAUACAUUAUGUAAUGCUGUGCCCUGAAACACAAAUUAGCAUACCAUUGGAGUAAAAUGUGCCAGCUUUUAAAAAGAAAACCUUCUCAUAUAUUUUGAAAUAACAAAUUUUCCAGUAAAAUCCUAUAUUAUAUUUUUUUGUUUGUUUUGUUUUUAAUUUCAUGUCUGUUAAUCUCAUGAUGUAUAUUUUUUGUGAUGUAUUUUCUUGUGUUCAUUGUCAAUAACCGCUCUUAUUGUUGUGAGACAAUUAUUGAGGAAACAUUUCAGACAUAAUUGUGCAAACCAUCAUGUGUUGUGAGGGACUUGAUAAACACUGAUAAAACUGGAACCACCUAUCAUUGAAUAAAACUGGUUUUGGGCAUUCCAAUCUCAAUUGAGCUCAAUACAUUAAAAUAAUAAACCCCCAUUUAUUCUCUUGAUCUAUCUAAAUUAGCUUCUAAAUUGAAUCUAAGGCCAACAUUUCUGGCUUGGUGUAAUCGUGAUAAACCUUUUUUAUAUAAUUUAAUUAUUUGUACAUUGUUUUUUCCCCCUGCCAUAAGUUUGUGUUGAAGCACUUUUAUUGCUUAAGAUGAACUUAGUAAGAAGUUAGGGUUCUAACUUAGGCUAACCCUAACCCUCAUUUGCCAAUUGGCAAGCAACAAAUCUUAUGACAAAUGUUCUUCAAUUCAAAAUAUAAGAAAAAGUUAAUGUUGAAAUGUGGCCUUGUAAAUUAAGAUAACUGUAAAAGAAAAAAAAUGCAUUAGAUUAUCUCAUUCACAAAGCUGUUACCUAAAGUUUUUGAAAGGAAUCCUUAGUUCUGAAAUCAUAGAUUAUCAAUAACUAUUUUUGGACACUACCAGUCUUUUUCUCAUUAUUUAUUCUGCAAGCCAAUGAAGUACAAGCACUGUGUCUCAAUUGAAAUACUUCACACCUGCUUUCUUGAGCGCAUCGUUGACUUUACAUUAAAAAAAUAAUCAGGUUUGCAACAUUUUUUGAAUAAACUCUCUGGACUGUGAAUGGUUUAAAAUAACCACCACUGGUUGCCGGUUACUUGGUUAUGAAAAAGGAACAAUCCUAAUAAUGCUGCUCCAAUAGAUGCUAUACAUUGAAAGUACAUGUGUUGUGGUAUUACUUGGUGCUUAUGCAUGUUAAGCUAUUGUCUUCAUUGUAGUAUUACUGUAGAUGUAUGGUCAGAGGUUUAACAUGUCUGCAAAAUGCUGUAACCAGUGCGACAAUCAUGGUCAAACAUAGCAUUUUGCUUUUUAUCCAAGUUAUUAAAGCUGCUAAUUUUGACUUAAAAAACUUGCCAAAUUGUAAUUACUUUGCGAAACAAUGAAAAAGUGUAGAUAAUCUGUUCCCACAGAAGUAUCAACAUUGAGACACAGUAAAAAGUCAAACUAACAGAUUGAAUUGGCCACACAAAUUCUUUGCAUAUUUAUCAAGUAAGGAUUACUGGAUUAUUCAAAUGAACUGUUAAAAUCUAUUAUUAUUGUUAUUAUUAUUAUUAUUAUUAUUAUUAUUAUUAUUAUUAUUAUUAUUAUUAUUAUUAUUAUUAUUAAGUGCCUGUUAUCAAUCCCUUUAAUAUGUUUAGAGCUGGAAAAACUAACAUUUUUCAAAGAAAAUUACAAUAACUUAGUGUAAUCAUUUUGGACCAUGAAUGUGGGUCAGAUUUAUUGCUUUUUUACCUCCUCCAAAAGACAACAUCUUAGAAGGAGGCUUGUGCAUGAGGGGAGAAUUGACUACUAGACCAAGACAAAGUGAUGGUUGAUAUUUCUGUCCCCCGUUGUACAAUAUAUGUGUAAAUAGGACCUAUAAUACAGUAACAAUGCUGUGCUACAGUAACACUAUCAUGAAUUAUUAAUACUGAAAGGAAUACCAAGAUUAUUUCAAAAUAUGCCCUCCAAGUACAUUAGCACAAAAUACAGGGCACCCAUGUCUUAUAUACCUGGUUAGACUCAUGACCAUCUAUGACUGUUUUAUAUGAUAAACAUACUGUAUACUGAUAUUUAGUUUAAGCCACUUGCAAGGUCCAUAAGACAAGCACAUUUACUUAUAUGGCAUUUUGCUACCACAGUGUUGCUUACUGUACAUGUAUCCAUAAUUAUGUCUGAGCAUUUUUACACCUAAUAACUUGCCUAUGUAAUUACUUUGCCUUUCUGUUCUGAUUAUUAUAUCAGCUAAUUUUAAAUGAAUGUUUCAUAUAAUAAUCUGUUUCUCAUUAAAAUGUUAUAUUUAAUAAGAAGAGAAAGGCUUGUUUGUACAGUUUCCUUUUGCAGAAUAUACUGGUGUUUAGUACUUGACAAAGCAUUACUAGAUUAAGGAUAUUUAUAAAAACCACCUACUUUUUAUCAGUGCAGUAUGGCCAGUAUGAACAAAAUGAAUUGCCUAAGUCACAGCCUUUUCUUCUGUUAAAUGAUUAACAUUUAUUUACUUUAAUUAAAAUUUGUUAAUUUACUGUC